CAGCAUAGAAAGAGGUAUGUCCACGUGUUCAAGUAGUACAGUACAAGUGCAGUCGGCCAGGAGAAAAGAUGAUGCCAAGCUCAAAGAUAGUUCUUCCAAGCUCUGAUGCUGAGGAAUAUAAUGGAAUUAUGCUUCGUAGCACGAUUUCCCGUAUUGUGAACCCUACACGUGCAAAAGGUGUAUACGGCAGAGAAAUCUACAAGAGUGAGAAUUGUCCAAGUUGGUGGCCAAAUGAUGUGCUGUUUUCUCCUGCGUUCGGGCCCAAUGCUGAAACGAAUGGUAUCGCUCUUGUACGCCUGAGAAAGGUAUUGGCAGCUUUCUUGGAGAAAUGUCCUGAGCAGUACACAAUAUCACCUCCAGUUGAUCAGCAAAACUCUGCCUUGACAGAAUACCCUGCAGUUGGUACAAAGAGAGCCAGGAUGAUGCCAGGCUCAAAGAUAGUUUUUCCAAGCUCUGAUGUUAAGGAAUAUUCUGGAAACAUUCUUCAGAGCGUAAUGUUACGUAUUGCAAACUCUAAAGGUUGGGGCAAAAACUUCUACACAAGUGACAAUUGCCCAAGUUGGUGGCCAAAAGAUGUGGUGUUUGCUCCUAUGACAGGGCACAGAUCUAUUGGUAUUGUCACUAGUGUACACCGGAGAAAGGUACUGGCAGCUUUCUUGGAGAAAUGUCCUGAGCAGUACACAAUAUCACAUAUGACUUGGGUACUCAAUCCCCCCUCUUCCCCACUCGUUGGUGUUAAGCAACCAGUAAGAGAAGUCAGCCCACAAAGUUCCUCUGAAAGUUACUACUCUGAAAGUUCCUCUGAAAGUUCCUCUGAAAGUGAUCAAGAAGAGCCUGACCAAACACCACCUACUAGAGCUAAUCGUACCCGAUCAGUUGGAGCCACAAUCAGCACUGCUUCACAACAUGCAAGCCCAAAGCUUAUCCUACCCAGCUCUUAUGUAAAUGACUACUCUCAACUUGGUCUCAUUUCACUAAUUAGAAAGAUUUUAAAUGCCAAAGGGAGAAAAUUUAAGUACUCCAACGCUAAUUGUCCCAGCUGGUGGCCGACUGAUGUACCAUUCAUUAAGGCGGAAGGUAUGAAAGCCAAGGACAGGGCAAAAGUACUGACAGCUUUUCUGAACAAAUGUCCUGAGCAGUACACAAUAUUACCUCCAGUUGAUCAGCAAAACUCUACCUCGACAGUUGAAACUGACCAACCAGAAGAUACAGUUGAUACGUAUAAAGAUAGGUCUGAUGAAUCUGAUAGUGACCCCGAAGAUCUGGUGAAUAGUCUAGAGCAGCACCUUCUGGAUUCUAGAAAAAGAAGGCUCGAGGCUGAGAGGAAAGUUGAGGAGCUGACGGAAGAAAUCGAACGUCUCAAAGAAGAAAGGAAGUUCAUAGGUUCUAUUGUGAAACGAUCACGACUCCAUCACUAGUGUUUAGUCCCUCAUCCUCAUUGUCCUCAUACCUAACUGUCCAUUUAUUAAUUAAAGAUCAUUUUGUCACCUUCUUAUCAUUUAUAGCACAAUGCAGUUGUAUUAUCACACUUGCCAGUUUAA